AAAAAACAGACAGGCACUUUAUCGAUAAGCCGAUCCGCACUCCGUGAAUUCCCCAAUCGGGAAUUUCCCCUCCCGUGACUUGGUAGUUGCCGCUGUUUUUGACUGUUUUUUCCGUUUUUACCGUCACAAAACAUCGAGUCUCCUCCUCUUGCCGGCCGAUCCUUGACCGACUCACUCACUUCAGCGGCUUUAUUUCUGACUUCAAGUUUCUUCUUCCUUCUUCCUCCUCUUCCUCCCUCUCCCUCUCCCUCCUCCUGCUCCUCGUCGCCAAUUCUUCUCCACGCCAUCGGAGGAUCCGUCAUUAUGAGUUCACUCUCGGCCCUUGUCCCCUUUGCGGUCGCUUUGGCUGCUAUCUUCGUUGGCUGGAAGUUGUUCAGCGGCAACAAGCAGCGCAAGGUUCUCAACCCCACUGAGUUCCAGGACUUCACCCUGAAGGCGAAGACCGAUAUCUCUCACAAUGUGACUAUUUACCGCUUCGCGCUGCCCCGCCCCACCGAUAUCCUGGGUCUGCCCAUCGGUCAGCACAUCUCUCUCGCCGCCAACAUCGAGGGCCAGCCCAAGGAGGUUGUCCGCUCCUACACUCCCAUCUCUUCCGACAAUGAGGCGGGCUACUUCGACCUCCUGGUCAAGGCCUACCCUCAGGGUAACAUCUCCAAGUACUUGACCACCCUGCAGGUCGGGCAGACCAUGAAGGUCCGCGGUCCCAAGGGUGCCAUGGUGUACACUCCCAACAUGUGCCGUCACAUUGGUAUGAUCGCUGGUGGUACCGGUAUCACUCCCAUGUACCAGAUCAUUAAGGCUAUCGUUCGCAACCGCCCCCGCAACGGUGGCAAUGACAACACCCAGGUCGACCUGAUCUUCGCCAACGUGAACCCCGAUGACAUCCUCAUGAAGGACGAGCUCGAGCAGCUGGCCAAGGAGGACGACCGUUUCCGCAUCUACUACGUCCUUAACAACCCUCCCGAGGGUUGGACCGGUGGCGUUGGUUUCGUGACUCCCGACAUGAUCAAGGAACGCCUCCCUGCCCCCGCCAGCGACAUCAAGAUCCUCCUCUGCGGUCCCCCUCCCAUGGUCAGCGCCAUGAAGAAGGCCACCGAGUCCCUUGGCUAUACCAAGGCCCGCCCUGUCAGCAAGCUCGAGGAUCAGGUCUUCUGCUUCUAAGCGGUCGGCUGUGUGGAUUGCAGUGCUCACAUUCGUCCCGCGUCUGCUUGUACCGAUGCGAAAGAGGGUGGUUCCACAGGCUAUAGAUAUGAUAGAACGCCGCGUCGUUGAAAGGCUGCAUCGUUGGCUAUCUUGGGUGUAGAUAUACGGUGUUACGAGUGAACGCGAAAAAGCGACAACUAAAUAAAAACGAAACGAUGUUAGUUGACACGACCAAGUCGUUAGUCGGUCGUCCAACAAAACGACAUGAUAUUCUCCUAAAUACUCAGUGCACAGAUAUAGACAUGAAGAUGG